GAGGGAGCCUGGGAUCUCCAAAAUCCCGCGAUGUCGACCCCGCCGGCCCGGCGCCUGGCGUCGCGGCUUUCGGGGGGAUGGCGCCUCACGCGGCGGCGCUUUAGCACGGCGCCCAGCGUGCAGGAUGUGCUGGAAGCCGCAAAAGAGGAGGAGGCUUUUGAGGAGCCAGAGAAGCCUUCCGUGGCAUCUGCCCGGGGAGUGCUGUGGGUGGCCAACGUGUACCCCACCAAGGCUUUCCGCCUGGACUUCCGGCAGAUGCUGACGCACCACAACCACGAGACGCUGAUCCCCAAGCUGCUGCCCGCGGGGGUGAAGGUGGAGAAGAUGGUGCCGCGGGAGCGGGAGGGGGGCGCCUUCGUGUACUUCAGCGCCCCCAAGGACUUUGUGCGCGAGGUGCUGCGGACCGACAUCGAGGC